GCCGCAUUAACACCGUAACAUCUUCUAGGUAGCAUCUUAGUGAAUGAACCCUUUUUGAGCUUCAUCACUCACCAAAACAUUAUCGUUGCCAAUGAAUAAAAAUACCAAUCGUCGAUCUCGCGCCACCUUAUAUCUAUGGAUGAGCUUAUGGCCUUGAGCGCAUUGCAAUAAACCCAAUUAUAUUGUCUUACAUCAGUUCCCGCUUGUGACAACCCAAUUUGAACCCGUCAAGAUGGAGGCCGCCUCCGCUCGAGCGGCGGCCAGAGAUCGUUGGAGCGAGAUGGGCUUUCCAAGACCAUCUCAGCUUCAACGAUUCAUAGCGAGCGCCUGCAGUCCCGAGAACUAUGAACCGAACCUCGCGCUAAACCUCGAAAUCUCGGAUCUGAUCAACAGCAAGAAAGGCAGCGCUCCACGCGAGGCAGCAGUCGCCAUAGUCAACUAUAUCAACUCGCGCAACCCAAACGUCAGCCUCCUAGCCAUCAGCCUUCUUGACAUAUGCGUCAAAAACUGCGGAUACCCCUUUCAUCUCCAGAUCAGUACUAAGGAAUUCUUAAACGAGCUUGUGAGAAGGUUUCCCGAGAGGCCUCCUAUCCGUUAUACCAAAGUCCAAUCUAAGAUCUUGGAAGCUAUUGAAGAAUGGAGGAGCACGAUAUGCGAAACCAGCCGGUACAAGGAAGACUUGGGCUUCAUUCGGGAUAUGCACCGUUUGUUGAGUUACAAGGGUUACCAUUUUCCCGAGGUCCGGAGGGAUGACGCUGCCGUUUUGAAUCCGAGUGACAAUCUUAAAUCGGCUGAGGAAAUGGAGGAGGAAGAGCGGGAAGCACAGUCCGCCAAGCUACAAGAACUAAUACGUAGAGGUGCCCCAGAAGACUUACAAGAAGCAAACCGACUUAUGAAGAUUAUGGCCGGCUACGACACAAGAUCUAAGACGGACUAUCGCGCGAAGGCAGCUGAGGAAGUCGGCAAGAUCCAAGCCAAGGCGCGCCUGCUGGAGGAGAGGUUAGCGGCGUUUAAGCCGGGCGAUUCCAUGAAGGAUGGCGAUGUCUUCGAAGAAUUGGCCUCGUCGCUACAAAGCGCGCAGCCCAAGAUCCAGAAGAUGUGCGAAGAAGAGUCCGACGACCACGAAGCCGUAGCCAAGUUAUUCGAGAUUAACGAUAGUAUACAUAGGACAGUCGAGCGGUGGAAGCUCCUCAAGAAGGGCGAUAUAGAAGGCGCCAACAAGAUAGCCGCGGGCGCGCCCGUCGCCACAUCAUCCGCGGCAGCUGGAAAGUCGACAUCGGCCGCAGGCGAGCUGUCGUUAAUCGACUUUGAUGGAGAUGCAGCAGCGAACGGUUCUGGUAACAAUGCUGCCGGGUCGAGUUCGCAAGUUGGCGGUCUUGAGAACGAUCUUCUUGGUCUCUCCCUAGGGGGUAGCAGUGACAGUUUCGGCCAAGGUGGCGGAAUAUCACUUGGCUUCGGGGCGAAUCAGAAUGUUCCGGGGCCUGCCUUGCUGUCAUCAGUAACCCAAAAUAGCAGCGCAAGAGCGCCAUCUCCUACCCCUCCACCGUUUUCUCCCUUUUCAGGAUUCGCAUCGAACCCCGCAGGAUCCCAGUCGAACACUCCGCAACUAAAUCUUUCCCAACAAUCUUCUUUCUCCAGGCCACCCCAGAAGGCGCCCACCGCCAGCGAUCCUUUCGCGGCUCUCGCUUCUCCCCAAUUCUCAUCUAAGCCAGCUACUCCCAAACCUGCAGCGCCUCCUGCGACAGCUGAUGAUGACGAAUGGUCAUUUUCUUCCGCGUUACCACCCGAACCUUCUCUUCCCAAAGAACUCCGAGUAAACGUUAAGGACGGCCCCUUGCAAAUAUACCUCAACGCAGCGAGGUCACGGACGCCAAACGCCCUUUCGUUAGUCUUCCUCUUCUCCAAUACUACCGCCGCGCCUAUAAGUAAUCUUCACUUCCAACUGGCCGUAACAAAGGGCUUCGAGCUCCAACUCCAGCCGCAGACGGGCCGCGCCUUGCAGCCUAGGCAGACGGAUGGCGUGUCACAGUCUGUCGAGGUGUUCCACGCGGGAGACCGGACUAAGAAGGUAGACAGCAUCAAGCUCAGGUGGCGCGUUUCUUACACCCUGGGCGCUGAGAAUAAGGCCGAGAUGGGCGAGAUACCCGAGUUUAGCAUUGCGUGAGCUGGUGGCUAUGAUUUGACAACGAUGAGGAUAGAUUAGGUAGGUGGUGAUAUAGGGGCAAGGAGGAGUGUGUGUAGGAAGAAGUGCAAAUGCAAGUCGGAGUGGAAUGGAAAUAAAUGCGGGGGUAAUAGUAGAUUCGAAUGAUCAAUUCCGCGUUGACGCCCCUUCUACAUAUGAUUCUACAUUUUCCCCCCUACAUGCUUGCUUAACUAGGUGAAUCGUAAGGCGCGUGGAGCGUCGAUCCGAGGCAUUGGCUUUUAGAGACCUUACUGUUUUGCUGGUUUUAUCUCUACACCAUCGCCAUCCUAGUUAUAUAGAAGAAGAGUAUUGAUGUCCGCCUAAGCAUAUUCUCUCUUCGUAUCUAUCUACC